CGCAGCGAGGGGCGCAUGCUGAGCCCCAGCGCGCCGCUGCUCCUGAGCGCGAGGGAGCUGGGGGUCGCACACCGGGGUCCCGCCGCCUGGUACCGCCGAGAGGGCGGCCGCACCAGUUCCCCCGCCCCAUGGCCCUGGGCGUGCCACUCCGAGUUCCCGCCUGCCAACCCGCUGCCUUGGCAGGGGCCCGCCUCCGCCUGUCCCGAGGGGGUUCGCGCAGGAGGUAAACGCCAGGCCCGCAGCCUAGCCUCUGCCCGCCGCCUAGGCCACGCCUUCGAGUCUCAGGCCCAAAGCACCCACGCCCAGAGCGCCGCGGAUCUCUACCCCUUCGGGUUCCUGAACACCCCGGCUCCAGAUUAUGGCCAGUCGCGGGACGGUUCCCUUGUCCUCUGGCGAGGAUUCUCCAAGCCAUCUCACCACAUGGGCCGGCUCAGAAACGCCAGAAUCCACGUGGAGAGAGCUGUCAAGCAGAAAAAGAUCUUUCUGAUCCAAGGCCGCUACCCAGUGAUACGGUGCCUCUUGCGCCGGAGAGGCUGGGUGGAGAAGAAGAUGGUCCAUCACUCGGGCACCAUUCUGCCACCAUCCCAGAAGGAUCUGGAUAGCUCGGUAAUCGGUGACAGUGACACCACUGAGGAUGAGGAUGAAGAUGAGGACGAGGCAUUUCGGCCACCGCAGCUGUUUGACUUUGAUGAUUUCCUGGAAUUUGAUGACCUAGAUGGGACACAUGCUCUGAUGUCCCGCAUGGUUCGGAACGAGGUUCCCUAUUUCAUCUGGACCACUCGGCGGGAUGUGCUGGACUGUCGCUUCCUCUCCAAGGAUCAAAUGAUAAACCACUAUGCCCGGGCUGGCUCCUUUACCACAAAGGUGGGUCUAUGUCUCAAUCUCCGGAAUUUGCCGUGGUUUGAUGAGGCUGAUGCUGACUCCUUCUUUCCACGCUGCUACCGCCUGGGGGCUGAGGAUGACAAAAAGGCCUUCAUAGAGGACUUCUGGCUGACAGCUGCCCGCAACGUUCUCAAGCUGGUGGUAAAGUCCGAAUGGAAGUCAUACUCUAUCCAGGCAGAAGAGGAAGAAGCCCCAGGAGACAAGCAGCCCAAGAAACAGGAGAAAAAGCCAGUGAUGGUGUCCCCAGAGUUUGUGGACGAGGCUCUGUGCGCCUGUGAAGAGCACCUUAGCAACCUGGCUCACAUGGACAUCGACAAGGACCUGGGGGCGCCGCUGUACCUCAGCCCUGAGGGCUGGUCCAUCUUCCUCCAGCGCUACUACCAAGUGGUUCAUGAGGGGGCAGAACUCAGGCACCUUGACGCUCAGGUCCAGCGCUGUGAGGACAUCCUGCAGCAGCUGCGGGCUGUGGUGCCCCAGAUGGACAUGGAAGGAGAUCGCAACAUCUGGAUCGUGAAGCCGGGAGCCAAGUCCCGAGGACGAGGCAUCAUGUGUAUGGACCACCUGGAGGAGAUGCUGAAGCUGGUAGAUGGCAAUCCCAUGAUGAUGAAGGACGGCAAGUGGGUGGUACAAAAGUAUAUUGAACGGCCUCUGCUCAUCUUUGGCACCAAAUUUGACCUGAGACAGUGGUUCCUGGUGACCGACUGGAACCCACUUACCGUGUGGUUCUAUCGUGACAGCUACAUCCGCUUCUCCACACAGCCCUUCUCUUUGAAGAACCUUGACAACUCAGUGCACCUGUGCAACAACUCCAUUCAGAAGCACCUGGAGAAUUCAUGCCAUCGGCACCCACUCCUGCCCUCGGACAACAUGUGGUCGAGCCAGAAGUUCCAGGACCACCUGAAGGAGAUGGGGGCCCCAGAUGCUUGGUCCAACGUCAUUGUGCCCGGCAUGAAGGCUGCUGUGAUCCAUGCCCUGCAGACCUCCCAGGACACCGUGCAGUGUCGGAAGGCCAGCUUCGAGCUCUACGGUGCUGACUUUGUGUUUGGUGAGGACUUCCAGCCCUGGCUGAUCGAGAUCAAUGCCAGCCCUACCAUGGCCCCCUCCACUGCUGUCACCGCCCGGCUGUGUGCAGGUGUGCAAGCCGAUACCCUGCGCGUGGUCAUCGACCGGCGGCUAGACCGCAACUGUGACACAGGAGCCUUUGAGCUCAUCUACAAGCAGCCUGCCGUGGAGGUACCCCAGUAUGUGGGUAUCCGGCUCCUAGUAGAGGGCUCCACCAUCAAGAAGCCCCUGGCAAUGUGUCACCGGCGAAUGGGGGUCCGCCCAGCACUCCCUCACCUGCUGACCCAGAGAGGCUCUGGGGAAGCCCCUUCCCACUUCCCCGGCACCCACACCAAGGCCCGGCUGCCUUCUCCCCAUGUGCUCCGAUCCCAGGGGCGGGUCCUCAGACUGCAACACAGCAAGCUGGUGGGCUCUAAGGCCCUGUCGACCACAGGCAAGGCCUUGAUGACUCUACCUACUGCCAAGGUUUUGAUUUCCUUCCCACCUAACACUGAGCUCAAGUUGGCAUCCAGCGUCCUGAAACCAAGAAAGGUGGGCCUUGAGCUCGCCUUCGUGGUCCCCAUCCUGGAAGUGCCUUGUGGCCUCUACCUUUUGAAGUUGGAAAUCUUCCUAGCACCCACAGGAAGAUCAAAGCCAAAGGCAAGUUCAAGACCAGACUGUGACAAACCCAAGGCUGAGGCAUGCCUCAUGAAGACACUGAGCCUUCCAGGACCCCUGCCCUUUAUCAAAGCAUACCAGGAGCUAGGGGGCAUGGGGGAUGUGAGGCCAGAGAAGCCCUUGCUGGUCCUCACUGCCACUGUCCUGGAUGCAGCGUCAAAUAAAAAGGAGCAAGUGAAGUUUUCUGGGCUUGGCUCCAUUUCUGUUGGAUGGUGAAGAGACAGUAGGCUGGGGCCCUGUGCCCCAACAUCCAGAGUGAGAGCUAGAGGCUGUCAAACACCCUUCCACAAAGCAAAGGGCCAGAAUUCCACCCAUAGCGACAGGCAUGGGGUUUCCUAUGCAGUGUCUCUCUGGCAUCUCUGAUCUUGGAUUGCGGGAUAAGCCUCACUUUGUAGAUGAAAAAAUGGAGUCUGAACGAGGAGACAUGGCUUGCCCAAGAUCAUGUGGCAGUGAGAAGGCUAGGAUGUAUUGCCAGACUGCUCACCACUGGGAGAUCCCCAAGGCCCAAGUCCAGGGGAGAACUUGGCCUAGCAGCAGAGUGACAUCUAACAGGUGUCAGAUUUACACCAUGAGAUGGGGGAAGGAUGGACCUCGCCUAAACACCAGCCCUUCUCCAGAGCGAGUUGGUCUGUCCCUCCCUCAGCAAGGGCCCAUGGUCUCCUGGAAAGGAAAUAUCCGACCAGCCACACCCAUCUGAAAAACUUUGGUAUUUCUUAGUUGUAGUGAGUUGAAUGUUAGUUAGCCUCCCUUCCCCCAAAAGAUAUAUCUGCCUGGAACCUGUGAAUAAGUUCCUUUGGAAAAAUGGUCUUCAUAGAUGUGAUUAAGUUAAGGAUCUUGAGAUGAGAGUACUCUGGAUUAUCCAGGUGAGCCCUAAAUGCAAUGACAAGUGUCCUUAGAAGACGCAAACAUGAGAAGACCAUGUGAAGAUGAGGGCAGACUGAUGUGAUGUGGCCAUAAGUCAAGGCUUGCAGCCGCCAGGAGCUGGAAGAGGCAAGGAUUCAUCCCUAGAGACUUCAGAGAGCACAGCCCUGUUGACACCUUCAUCUCAGACUUCUGGCCUCCAGACAGAUCUCUGAGAAAAUCAGUUUCUGUUAUCUUAAGCCACUCAGGUUGUGGUAAUUUUGUUACAGCAGUCCUAGGAAACUAAUACUCUAGUCAAGUGAAGAUACAUAUACUCUGCCAGCAUCUCUGACGUAACUGAACCAGGAAAUGCACACAAGCAGCUUCACACCAGUGUUGUGCUAAGAGCUGAAUGAUGGUGUUAACAGUAGAAUGGAUCAACUGGGAGAGUCUUGCACUGGAAUUCAAACCCACAGCACACAACAAAGAUGCAUAUUUGGUGGAAAAACUUAAGACAAACAAGGAAAGCUCCCAUGUCAGGGGAGGAGUUUCCAACCUAGACUGAACAGUAGAACCCCUUCGGGAGCUUCAAAAAAGAUUGAUGCCAGGAUCUCCAGCCCAGACUGAUUAAAUUGGUAUCUUUAGGGUGCAGAAUCCCAGGGUAGGAAGGGGCUUUUUAAAAGUUUCACUGAGGGGGUUCUAAUGUGGGGCCAGGGUUGAGAACUGCUACCCUAACAGGGAAGGAGAGGUAUGUUUCUAUUUCAUGCCAAGUGGUGCUUAUAUGGGAGUCGCCUUGUAAUUAUUCUUUAAAUCACAGAGCUAUUUAUGUACUCUUCGUAUGUUUGAUAUAUUUAACAAUUUUCUCAAGUAAAAGGUCUAAGAUCUUGACUUAUAUGAAGUCCCUGGAGUAAUCAGAUUCAUAGACACAGAGGAGAAUGGGGCUACUGGGAGGUGGGAGGAUGGGAUGGGGUGUCAGUGUUUAGUGGGUCAGAGUUUCAGUUCUGCAGGCUGAUGGGAUGGGACAGUUGCACUACAAUGUGAACAUACUUAAUGCCACUGAACUGCUCACUUAAAAAUGGUUGAGAUGGUUGGGGCACCUGGGUGGCUCAGUGGG